AUCGGAAGUCAGUUGCAAAACGAUUUCGCUAUCGUUAAGUAUUGUGGUUAGUGCGGUUAUGUGUAGUGAAAACUUGAAAAAUAUUGUUGAAAUCAUUGUUUCGUAUCAGUUUAUUUAAAUUUGGAUGUUCUUUUGGUGUUUUAACUGCGAACCGGCAACAAAGAAGAGUGGAUUUCAGUGCCUUUCUCCUGUUAAGUGACAGUGAAAUUGCGGGUUGCAUUAAACUGCGAUUCUAGCUGUUUUUUCCACGGAAUCUUACCUGUUUUUGUAGGUUUGGACAACUAUCGAAGAAACCUCCCAAUUUUCUGGCGCCAUACCAGAAUAACUAACUCAGUGAUUCAGUGAUGUAUUCCAACAUGGCGGUUACAGUGACAGACGCGAGAACCGUCAAGUGAGUGACGCAAGAUGUCACCGGACAAACGCAAAAGGAGGAGAGAAGAUAGAAAAAAAAGGACUUGCCGUUAGUUUUUAAUAAAGUAUAAUAUAACAAUGAUCUCACAGUAUUUAUAGUGCUCAAGCUUAAGACUGAUAAACUUUUUAAUACGGAAACUUGCAAAAGAAACCAUGAUCGCGUUAAAGAAACUGUACGGUGACGAGUUGCUUCGUCUGGCUCUAGUCUUGAGUCUUCUCAAAGUGGAUCCGAACGACUAUUUAGAAUCGGAGACUCAGCAGCUCUUAGCUGGGCUCCACAUCUCCAAUGGAUCCGACUGGGGAGACCAGGAAGCGAGAACUCUCAUCAGACCAAGAUUCGUCCACCCGAAAUCUCUAGACAACAUACUGAUCAACUACGAAACACAACUUUUCGAGGAAUUGAACUCGCUAGGUCGAUACGGGAGUUCGUUCAGCGAAAACAAUAUACAGUGGAAUAAUCGGGGGCCUGUUUUGCAUACAUACUUAGUGAAUAAUGUGGCGACCGACACAGUAGUACCCGAGCUCGCGGCGGCGAACGACACGAGCGACGGCGUGUCCGCCGACGACAAUGUCGCACAAGAGGUCAAAGUUGAGGACGUAGAGAGAGAAACACCUGACGUCGUCGUCACACUCUCCGCUGACUAUUUUAACAACAGAACAGAAGAAGCAGAACACACGAAACCUGAUGCUUCUGAUGAAGAAGACACAAAAGUUGAUGUCUUGGAAGCUUUCGAUGAAACGUCUAGCAGGAGAGCGGAAGCGGACAUCUUUGAAGAAAUAGCGACACGCACUUUUGAUGUCAACGACUUCUUCCAAUCUGAAGAGAUGCAGAUCAAAAAGGAACCCGAAGAUGUGUUGGAGGUCAGAGUUAAGAAGGAACAGGAAGACCUGUACGAUGAUAAUGCUAUGGACGAAUACGUUCCUUACUUCACAGCUAAAGCAGAUAAAUUCCAAUUCGGUGACCCUAACUCUGUAUUUGACCAAAACGUUGCUGAUCUUCAAGACUAUGGCGACAUUUUCGAAGACGUAAAAGAACUGAGAAACUUGGAAUAUCUAGAUGUGAAACAGCAGCAGGAUAACCUAGAACAGUAUCUCAUGGAAAACACGCCUUUAGAUUCCGAAGUGUAUCAGCCGAUGUUUGACGAUGACGAGCUAGUGUUGAACGUGAAGAGGGAGCGAGCCAGCACGAGUUUCACGUCGGCUAGUUCCAGUGGUGUGAGUGAGAUGGAUGUGGCGUCGCCGCCGCCGAACGUGAAGCUGGAGCCUGAUGAGGGGCAUCACAGUGGAGACGAGCUCACGCAAGAGGACAUGGAUCUCAUCGAGGUACUGUGGAAGCAGGACGUCGAUAUGGGCUUCUCGCUCGAGGAUCCCAUUCAGCCGUCGGCUCCGCACGCCACCAAGGUGGAGCUCGGAGACCAGGUCGACAAGGAACUGAAGAUCGCAGAGGAGAAGAAGAUCCAGCAGAAGAAAGAAGAGAGCGAGAUCGAGAAGGUGAAGGCAUCGCUGCUCAACCCUGAUGAUAAGGAGGAUGACCCCUGGGCCGGCCUCUCCUACACCGUCGACACCGAGACUGGUGAAUACUUGCUACAAGGUGAACUGCCUCGUGAACUGGUCAGCGGGGAGUCGCUGGAGCUGCUGGAGGAGGCGCUCCAGCUGGUGGAACUAGGAGACGAGGCCAAGGAUGACCAGCCACAGGCGGUAGAGGGCAGCAGCAGCGACAGCGCCAUGCUGCACCCGGCGAUGCGGCAUGUGCCGCAUCACCUCGCGCACUACCAGCACCAGUCGCUGAUGCGGACCAUGUCGGUGGAGCAGCGGUGGCAGGACCUCGCCUCGCUGCUGACCAUACCCCCGCCGCCCGAGCAAUAUCAACACUACCAGCACCACAACAUCAGCGCGCACGCUCACGCGCACGGCGCAGGUGGCUACGCGCACAACUAUCAUGCCCCCAUCGCGCCCAUCCCCGACAAGCACCCUGACGCUUAUGGCGCGGCAGCCACGCCGCUUGAAGGCGCGUACAAGGCGGAGACCCAUCACCCGCAGCACGAUAACAUUUACUACCAGAAUGGCACCGGCGAGAUGCCGCCCCCGCCAGCUUCGGAUGGCUUCCUGCAGUCCAUCCUCAAUGACGAAGACCUCCAGCUCAUGGACAUGGCGAUGAACGAAGGCAUGUACACGAUGCGGAUGCUGGACGGGGCCGCGGGCGGCCAUCACGCGCCGCACAACCAUUCGCACAUGAUGAUAGCGGAGCGAGACUCAGCGUCCGAUAGCGCCGUCUCAUCCAUGGGCUCGGAGCGCGUGCCAUCUCUUUCUGACGGGGAGUGGUGCGAUGGCAGCGACUCUGCGCAGGAGUUCCAUAGCUCAAAGUUCCGGCCUUAUGAUGGCACGUACGGGCGCGAGCGCUCGCACCAACCACAGAAGAAACACCACAUGUUCGGCAAACGGUGCUUCCAGGAACAAAACCAACCAGCGCCAUCUAUGGAGACACUCACCCCGCGGCCGGCGGUCGUCAAGUACGAAUGCCCAGAGCAGGCGUACGCGCACGAAAAUAUGCAUAUGCACAACGUGGAGUUCGGCGCGCGGCAGUUGACGCACGCGCACCCCGCGCCGGCGCCCGCGCCGCUGCCCGCCGUGGCGCCCGUCUUAGACCUCAACUCUGCGCACUCCAGCCAUGCUUUAUUACAGAACGGACUGGGGCCCGGGCCGGCGCGGUAUGCGCACGCGCCGCCGGAGCGCGUGCGCCACAACCACACCUACUCCGCGCCCGGCCUCGCGCCCGAGCGGCCCGCGCUCAGGGACAAACGAGUUCGUCGUCUGACGGACGGCAGCGUGUCGGACGGCGGGUCGUGCGCCGGCGCCGGCCACCUGUCGCGCGACGAGAAGCGCGCCAAGGCGCUCGGCAUCCCCAUGGAGGUUCACGACAUAAUCAACCUGCCGAUGGACGAGUUCAACGAGCGCUUGUCCAAACACGACCUGAGCGAAGCGCAGUUGUCGCUUAUACGUGACAUCCGACGCCGAGGCAAAAAUAAGGUGGCUGCCCAAAACUGCCGCAAGCGCAAACUGGACCAGAUCACGUCGCUGGCUGACGAGGUGCGCACCAUGCGCGACCGCAAGGUGCGCACGCAGCGCGACCAUCAUACGCUCACGGCUGAGAGGCAGCGCGUGAAGGAACGCUUCGCGGCGCUCUACAGGCACGUGUUCCAAGUGAGUAUACAAACUGGACCAGAUCACACGCUGGUCGACGAGGUGCGCACGCAGCGCGACCAUCAUACGCUCACGGCUGAGAGGCAGCGCGUGAAGGAACGCUUCGCGGCGCUCUACAGGCACGUGUUCCAAGUGAGUAUACAAACUGGACCAGAUCACACGCUGGUCGACGAGGUGCGCACGCAGCGCGACCAUCAUACGCUCACGGCUGAGAGGCAGCGCGUGAAGGAACGCUUCGCGGCGCUCUACAGGCACGUGUUCCAAAAUCUCCGCGACGCUGAGGGCAGGCAGCUGUCUUCGGCGCAGUACUCGCUGCAGCAGGCCGCCGACGGGAACGUCGUGCUAGUGCCCAAGAUGCAGCACGACCAUCCGAUGAACCGGUCCUCGGAAGACGACAUGGACCGCAAGAAGCACUACGAGUGACAGUUGAGCUGGUAGCAGACAGACAGAUGGACAGACACUGAUACGCGUAACAGCUACGCGUACACGUUCAUAAUGAGUUAACAGCGUUCAUACGUUUCGCGUUAAAUAAUGACUGACGCAUUCGAAAAUGUAAAAAAAAUACGUAUUUUGUAUCGUGUCACCAUUAUAGGUACCAAAUUAUGAAAUAUAAUAAAUACAUGCGAACUAAAUAACGCUUUCCUAAAACAUUAGGAUAAAAACUAUUACUGCUAACUCCCAGUGGAUUAAUAUGAAAUAUUUUGAUUAACUAACAAACUGUAGUUAGUCAUAGAUAUAAGACGCAUUGUAUUUGAACCAGCAAACAACUAUGUGACGUUUUCAAGCAAAAGGUACCACAUUGUCGCUUAUUAUUAUAAGUACGAAAAUUGCUUGUAUCCUUAUACGAAAAACCUGUCACAGCG